AUGAUGAACGGGGGCAGCACGGGUCGGGUUAGCCACCCCGGCAGUCGGAGCCGCAGUAAAGGCACUGGAGGUUCCUUUGAGAGAGUCCCGGGAGACGAAGAAGAGUCCAUGUCCGGCGAAGAAGAAGACGAGGGCUCCCAAUCCGUCUACAGCGACGACGAAGAAGAGGACGAUGAGUCCUCUUACGAAUCCGACUUGAAUACGAGCAAGGAAUCGACGCAUCAGACAUUCAACAUUGCCAAGAAAGAAACCAACCGCGUUCGAGUAUGGCGUACGGUUCUCUCGGCCAUGUUGGUCAUCACAGCCGGCGUUGUGAUUGUGACAACCUAUGUGUUCCUCGCGGACAAUGAAGACAAUGAAUUCCAAUCGACUUUCGAUCAAGCGGCGUUGACGAUCAGCGAUUCGAUGCGCUUCAAUUAUAACAAAAUGCUAGAUGCCUUGACCAGUCGAUCCGAAGCUGUGACUUCCUUGACACUGACUGCGGGCUUACGUUGGCCUUUUGUCACGAUUCCUCAUUUCGAAAUUAGAGGAGAGCGGGCUCGAGAAGAGACCCGCUCAGAAACAUACGGCUUUUCUCCCAUUGUGAACGUAGAACACAAGGACGAUUGGGAAACCUACAGUGUCGCCAAUCAAAAUUGGAUUCUGCAAGGACGAGGCAUUGACGUAGAAGACCCCGCCAACCAACCCUAUCUUCCCACAACUCCCAUCAUUCCUCCUAAAAUCACUUUCGUCGAUCCCAAUGCCACCGGUGAAUCCAGGCUCCUGCCUUAUCCAGACGGACCAAUCUCCAAUUCCACUCCCGAUACUCCCUUUGCAGUCAACUGGCAAAUGUCUCCCAUCCCCUCCUUGACAUACACCAUCAAUCUCAAUUUGCGUUCCUCCGAUCAUUACCGACACCUCAUUCAGGUGUUGCUCGAUUCGCAAGAUCCCGUACUCUCCGAUUUUACAGACCUAGGCAAGGCAUACUACGAAACCGUCUUGCCCGAAAAAGAGCAUCAACGAUUGCACGAAAGUUAUGUAGGAACCAGCGAGGGACGGUACUAUCCUGCCAAAGAUCGACCGCACAGUGUCUUGAUGGCACCCAUCUUUAACAGUUUUAUCAAUGGCUCCCAGGCAGUGGUGGGAAUGCUGUGGGUCGUCGUGCCCUGGGAUUGGCAAUUGGCUGGACUUUUGCCGCAGGGAACCAAAGUCGUCGAUGUUGUCUUGGACAAUUCCUGCGGAACGACCUAUACCUACGAAGUACGAGGACCCGAAGCCAUCUUUAAGGGACCCGGUGAUCAACACGAAACGGAAUUCACAGACAUGGGCUAUACGAGCUCCUUUGCCAUGCAACCAAUCGUCAAAGCCUAUGAUCCGACCAUGACCGAAGGAGCCACCGUCAUUCUCAAUGGAGAAAAUUACACCCUCUGUGAAUACAAGAUUCAUGUGUAUCCAACCAAGGAAAUGAAGGCGGAUUUUGAUACCGGACGUCCCGAAACCUUUGCCAUUAUCAUGGCGGCCAUCUUUUUAAUCACGGGCAUGGUCUUUCUCAUUUUUGUACGUUACGUGCAACAACGACAAGACAUGGUCAUGGCUACUGCGAUCCGGACCAGUGCCAUUGUCAGUAGUUUAUUCCCCGCAAAUGUGCGAGAGCGCAUCAUGAAGGAUGCCGAAGAACAGGGACGCAUGGAUCUCAUGGGAGGCAAGGCCCGCGGUGGAAACUGGCGAUUGCGCAACGGUGGAAAGGAAAAUUUAGGACCCAAAUCCAAGCUGGAAGACUUUAUCGGUGUCGAAGCUAUUGGCGGCGGCGGCGGUGGUGGCAUCGGUGGUUUUGGAGAAGAACACGAUGCAUUUAAGAGCAAACCCAUUGCCGAUCUGUUCCCGGAUGCAACGGUCCUUUUUGCGGAUCUGGUUGGUUUCACUGCUUGGUCGUCGGAGCGAGAACCUACACAAGUGUUCCAAUUGCUGGAAACUCUUUACCACGCGUUUGAUCAAAUUGCUCGGAAACGACGCGUCUUCAAGGUGGAGACGAUUGGCGAUUGUUAUGUUGCGGUAACGGGUCUUCCAGAACCGAGAAAGGAUCACGCUAUUGCGAUGGCUAGAUUCGCACGCGAUUGUAUGACAAAAAUGAAGGUAUUGGUGGUCAAAUUGGAAGUCCCCUUGGGCCCAGGAACUGCAGAUCUGUCAAUGAGAUUCGGAUUGCAUUCGGGUCCGGUCACCGCCGGGGUGCUGCGCGGAGAGAAAUCAAGAUUUCAGUUGUUCGGAGAUACAGUGAAUACUGCGGCCAGAAUGGAAUCGAACGGAGCCAAAGAAAGGGUCCAUGUGAGCCAGGAAACCGCCGAUCUCAUUCAGGCAGCGAACAAAUCACAUUGGCUAACACCACGAGAGGAUAAAAUUCACGCGAAAGGAAAAGGAGAGCUGCAGACGUACUGGUUGGAAAUACGUCGCGACAACAACGCUUCCGGAACCUUGUCGGACAACGAAAGCGAAUCGUCCGAUUACUCGGACUUUACUGAAGAAGCUUCGAGCUACGAGGAAGAUGUCGACGGAGAAAUUGUUCUCGACGAGCGUAGCCAGCGUUUGGUCGAUUGGACUGUGGAUCAACUCUCGCGACUGCUGAAGCAAAUCUUGGCUCGACGAAAGUUACUUGGAAUCGAGGCGAACCCCGAGAUUGCCCAAAGACAAGUCCUCGAUUUCUCCGAAGGUGGAACCGUCAUCGACGAAGUCGCCGAUGUCGUCCAGCUGCUACCCUUUGAUCCGCGAACAUCUAAUCUGGAUGACAUGCUGGACGAUAUCACGCUUUCCGCCGAGGCUCUUUCACAGCUCCGCGACUUUGUGGCUACCAUUGCAACUCUUCACAACGACAACCAGUUCCACAAUCUGUCUCACGCCACGCACGUUACGAUGAGUGUGGUGAAGCUUCUCAGCCGAAUUAUUGCUGCAGACGAUCCUCGCAAGCACUACACUGGCGAUGGGUCCGACGACAGCGACAUGGACCAAGAAGCCAUUGAUCAGCGGUUGCACGAACAGUCUUAUGGCAUUCGUUCAGACCCGCUUGCACAAUUCGCAGUGGUGUUCUCGGCCCUGCUUCAUGACGUGGACCACCCGGGAGUUACUAACGCAGAACUGAUCAAAGAGGGAGCCAAGGUUGCAGAGACGUACAACAACAAGAGCAUCUCGGAACAGAACUCGGUCGAUCUCGCCUGGUAUUUGUUCAUGGACGACCGAUAUUGUGAUCUCAGAGGAGUCAUUUAUCACGAUGAAGACGAGCUCAUGCGGUUCCGACAAUUGGUUGUGAAUGCUGUGAUUGCAACGGAUAUUGCGGACAAGAACCUGAAAGUGCUGCGUGACGUGAGGUGGGAGAACGCGUUCAGCGAGGGCAGUAGCGAAAGCAAUCAAGAAAUCAUCAACAGAAAGGCAACAGUCAUGAUUGAUUGCUUGUUGCAGGCAUCUGACAUUGCGCACACAAUGCAGCACUGGCAUAUUUACAGAAAGUGGAAUGAGUUCCUUUUCCGUGAGUUAUAUGUUGCCUUCCUCCAAGGCCGCUGUGCCAAGAACCCGGCAGAGUUCUGGUACGACGGAGAGAUUGGAUUCUUUGAUUUCUACAUCAUUCCCCUGGCAAAAAAGCUUGCAGAUUGUGGAGUGUUUGGUGUUUCCAGUGAUGAAUACUUGAACUACGCUAGGAAGAACCGCAACGAAUGGGAAACUCGUGGUAGACAGAUCGUGGAGGAAUACAUUGAGAACGCCAAGGACCUUCACAUUCCUGAGUCCGCUGAAGAGGAAUCAUUACUAUCAGAAUACGAACAGUCGCCGCGGCGUUCGAUCGCGCCUGGGGAGUAG